UUACAGGCAAGCGAUGUUGGCGCAACGGCAUACGGACGACAAGACGUCGCAUCCCCUACCUGCCAGAAUGUCAGCUGACAGUAGUACGGCUUUGUCAAAGACAGACGACUCCGAAUUAGAUGUAGUUGGGACUGCAGAUAGUCCAAGACCACAGUCACUGCACUCAUCAUCACAUGUCAGUCAGUCAGCCAACCAUUCAGUUCCAGACGAGGACUCAAUCCGCCGACGUCUACACGACGACAGCGGCAGUGAAAGCAGUUGCAGCGAGUCUCCAGGCAGCACCGCCUUUCGGCCACGUCCUUCCUCUUCCCCUAAAGAUACGGCUGGUCCGUCCGCCCCUUCAGGCGAAUACCCCUCCCCCAACAUCAGCGUAGGCCCACCCAUUCACCCGCCGCCUCACCUUUUGCCCUACCUUUAUCCUCCCGGAAUGUACCCUGGAGCGGGAGGUCAUUCACCCUUUGGACCGCCUCUUAGCCUCUUCACUGGUGCCCAUAAUCCAGGGCUGCUCUUCAACGCUCAGCUUGCACUUGCCGCUCAACACCCUCUGUUCUCACAUUAUCAGAACUUAGCACAUCCCAAUCCGCACCAUCUGGGACCUACGUCGCCGAUCCAUAAUCAUCUGAAGGGCGGACAUCGAUUUACGCCAUACACGUUACCUAAUUCGGCGUCAGGAGUCAGCUCAUCACCACUAGGUAGCGCCUUCGAAACGGUAACGCCCAGCUCUCACACGCGCAGUCUAAGCAACUCUCCCUCAGGGGGGAAGUUAUCUCCACCCCUAAGGCCCAGCACCACCUCUCCUAAACCGGAAACAGCCAACUCACCGUCUGAUCUGAAGAGUAUUGAAAAAAUGGUCAAUGGAUUGGACGUCAAACAAAACGAGGACAUCAGUGAUAAAUCGUGAACAGAGUGAGAUGUGAAUUUGUUACUAAUUGCCAUAGUUCUUGUACGUAUGUCUUGAAACCGUACUCUGCGUUAAGAUUAAAUCUGUAAACCGUAGGAGCUGUUUUUGUACCAUGAAUGCUAUAGUUUCUUAUUAUACCAUUAACAGGUCCGGCUUUGCAAUUGCAAUAUAACUAUGACCUUCCUGUUGACUGAAAGUUAAGAAUUUUGUUUCGCUGUACUUGGUAGCAACAUCUGUUAUCACGGAUGACACGAGACUUAAACUCCGAACAUUACAAAACUUGCACAAUACUUCAGCCCGUACAGCAUCAUCGUCAUAGUUAACCGAAAUUUGAAAUUCGAACUGCCCGCUGGGUAAAGACAAUCGUAACUUGGAAUAAGUUCCAGGUUACGGUUUUUCAACUUUGAAGUUACCUUGCGAUUAAAAACGAAGAGUUGGAAUGACGAAUUCUGGCUAAAUGUCAAAGUUCCUGUGACUAAAAAGUCGGGCCAUAAGGUAGAUGUCUCUAAGAUGAGUAUGGGGUAACAUCAGGAUCUCGGUAACAGUUAAAUAAUAAAAAAUGUGAAGUUCACUAUCUCACACAUACCUUAUUAUUCAAGUAUUUUCAACUUGAUAAAAGAUCUGGUGUUUUUCAAAUUCAGAUUAUUAUCUGACAUUUUUCAUAGUGCAAAUAUAAUUCUGAUUGGUUUUAGGCAUAGUUUUGAAUCUGAGUCUGAAUGCUAAACAAAUCUACAGCCAGAAAAGUCAAUAUUUCGAAAAGUCAGUUUCGAUUUUUCUUGUAUUUUUUUAAUGAAAACAUCCAUAUUAGCUAAACAAGAGUAUAAAAUGUCUAUAAAUUUUGCAAUAGGCAGUAUUAAAAAAUAGCUUGGUGAUGAACUCAACAUUUAGAAAGUAUCUUAUCGAACAUAGGUUAUGAAGUGGAAAACCGCUUUUAUUUUUUGGAUAUCAUAAUCGACAAAAACUAUUUUGCAUAAAUCGAAAAACGGAGCAGUUUCGUAAACUUUACAUGAAAAAUGCCUUUUCUACUCCUCCAUCCUUAUCUUUAGACAUUCAUAGUUAUCUCAAAGAGAAAUCGGCAUUUCGUUACUAAACAGCUCUUAGUCUAUAAAAGCUUUGGAAAUUCCCGGUGAUGUAUAGAAGACCUGUGAUAGAUCCUUGAGAAAAACCAUAGCUUUUAACACUCUAUUGUUGGGAAGUUUCAGUAGUGUUACCGUAAUAAAUAUUUUUCUGGGUUGAAAGAAAGAUUGUGUUGUACAAUGAACUAGAUGUGAGAAGUGUAAAAACUGAGAUUUUUCCAACAAUAAGAAUUUUCCAAAGCUGGAAAUUUUGCAAAAUGUUUACCAGUUAAGUGCAAUAACCCACUAGUAAACAUGUUGCUAUGGGACAUUUUUGCAAUAAAUGUAGCAUCGAAAACGUUUUGUACUAUUUUCUCAUUUAAGAAUUUCAUCAGAAAUUGAUGAAACUUUGCAUGAGAUUAUUUCGAUGCCCCUGGAAAAUAUCAGCUCAUGCUUUACAAUAAAUAAAUUAAAAAUUGACUUUUCUUUAAGGUGUUACACCAAUGGAUUUGAAUACACUUUUUAUUACAGCUUUCGUGUUAAAAAUAUGGAAGACACGUCAAAGUGCUUUUUCUAUAAGCUUAUAUGAAGUACAAAUGAUAAUAAAUGUAUAUAAAGGUAAUACGAUUAUUAACGGGCAAUUUUUAAUUUGUUUUCAUUGGUGCUGCUAUUUAUUAGUUUACAAACAUCACGCUAAAAAUUAUACUAGUUCGAAGACAAUUUUUAUUCUGAAGUGUUUAAUAUUAUGGACGAUUCACAAAGCGUUACUGUAAAAGAAAUCAAACCUAAUUUAACGAGUUAAAUUUUUCAACGCUUAUAUCAAUUUCAUCAUUUAAGCGUUCAGGUUUCCGAUUCGGAAUAGCCUAGGAAAAUUAGACAUUUUCCGUUAAAAAAAUAAACCGAAAAAGCCUAACAAUCUUGAGUUAUUUUAACUCGAUAUUCCAAACAUCUGCUUUGAGAUAAGAAAGAAAACCAAACUUUAAAGAAUCGUGAAGGAUUCUUUCAAAUUUUCUUCGUGUUAUUAUAAUUUUUCGUGAUAGUGUUAAUAUCUUUACAAUAAUUUUAGACUAUAACAUGAAAACGUUCAUUGACCUAGUAUGUUCCUUUGUCCCCAAUUUUAUUUUACGUAUCCUGUACAAUACAUGUAAACAAUAAAGGUUGUAAAUAUUUAAUCUACCUUAUUGACGAAGAAAUCUGUAAAGUGUAUAUUGUUAUACGUUGUAUAAUACUAUUCCAGGAACUGUUGUUUUGUUUUUCUUCCAAAAAAUAAACUCCCUCGAUACAUCGAUUGUGGAUAAAGACGGUCACAAUAUUUCAAAAGCAAUUGAAAUGUGUAAAUAGGUUCGUCUAUUUUAAAAAUGUAUAAAAAGCUUUUGUUAUCAGUUUGGUCGUACCAGCCUUAAGAAAAUACGUGUAUUUAUUAUUUAUAUAGUAUGGAUCCAUACAGUGCGCAGGUACUACCGGAGAAUAUUAUGACUAAAAGUAGAGAAAAAUGUGAAUUGUGUUGUGUAUAUGUCAUUGAAUUUAAGAGGAAUUAAACGAUAUUCAUAUAAAUAUA